CUGAACUUAGUUUUUUUCCUUGUCAUUAACGGUACCGAUAUCAAGUAGGCCUAUUACCCCGACUCACAGCGAACUCAAAGAGCUGUACAAGACACUCGAGCGGGAAAAGUUACACUCGAAACUCACUUGAACACCCAAUCAUGGCACCGUUCACAAAACCCGAGGCCGUGCUCAAGCAAGCAGAGGGCCUCGUCUCUGUCGGUCAGUCUCAUGCGGCUCUUCAGUCGCUCGUAGAGAUGUUCUCUUCAAAACGCUUCCGCUCGACACCACUCACUACGCUCGAGCCAAUCGUGAUCCGCUUCGUCGAGCUUUGCGUCGAUAUGCGUAAAGGUCGUACUGCCAAAGAGGGCCUCAUGCAAUACAAGAACAUCGCUCAAAAUUCGAGCGUUGGAAGCAUCGAAGUUGUCAUUAACCGUUUUAUUCAGCUCUCAGAUGCAAAAGUCCACGAGGCGCAGGAGAAAGCAGACAAAGUCACCGGACCUGUCGAUGUCGACGAUCUUGAGGCGAGCGAAACGCCUGAGAGUAUUCUCCUCGGCGCGGUUAGUGGUGAUCAGAGCAAGGACCGCACGGAUCGUGCACUCGUCACACCCUGGCUCAAAUUCUUGUGGGAGAGCUAUCGUACAUCACUUGAGACUCUCAAGAAUAAUGCUCGUUUGGAAGUUAUCUAUCAGCAAGUUGCGCAGCAAGCUUUCCGUUUCUGCCUAAAGCACCAACGGAAAGUUGAGUUCCGGAGACUUUGCGAAACCCUCCGACUGCACCUUUCCAAUGUCGCAAAAUAUGCGCAUCAAACACACGCUAUCAACCUAUCGGAUGCGGAGACACUGCAACAUCAUCUCGACACCCGGUUCGCUCAGCUCAAUACUUCCGUUGAACUCGAGCUUUGGCAGGAGGCGUUCCGCAGUGUCGAAGAUGUACACAAUCUGCUCACAAUGGCAAAAAAGGCUCCCCGUCCGGCAAUGAUGGCAAACUACUAUGAAAAGUUGACUAAAAUUUUCUUGAUGAGCGGAAAUGCUCUCUAUCAUGCCGCUGCAUGGGGUCGGUACCACGCAAUUGUUACUAGCAUUGGGGGAAAGAGCGAAGAAGAGAUGACAAAACUCGCCGGCCAGGUACUUGUCAGUGCCUUGGCCGUCCCUGUUGGUCUGCAGGCUGAGGAUGAAGAUGGCAAGAGUAAAACAUCGCGCCUCACUGCUCUUCUUGGUCUCACCAGAGCACCUACUCGCGCCGGACUGAUCAAAGAUGCCCUUUCCCGUGACGUCCUCCAUCUUUCCCCAGCCCCCAUCAAGUCUCUGUACACACUCCUCGAAGCUUCAUUUGACCCCCUGACGCUUUGCUCCUCCACCGCCCCGCUUCUCGCAGAACUGUGUGCACCAGAGACACCAUACUUCGGCUACCGUUCCCUCCUGGAACGUGCACUGCUCUCCCGCCUGCUUGCACAACUUUCUCAAGUUUAUUCCACCCUCACCAUCACUUCGCUCCUCGAACUCGUCACACCCCUCGAGGGGCUCGGCCCAGAACAGGUCGAAGCGUUCCUCAUGGGUUGUGCACGCCGUGGUGAGCGCAGCGUAUAUGUCGACCACGCCACUGGCACAAUCACCUUCAUCGACGAGGGUUUCAUAGUCAGCUCCGAGGACCCCAUCCCGUCUACGAGCACCAACACAGAAGCAAGUAUCCAGCCCAGCGCCGCAGAGCUUGUGCGCACACGGCUGAGCACCCUCGCGGUGACACUGCACAAUUCUCUUGCGGUCCUGUACCCUCCGCCCCAACUUUCUCCUGAGGAAGAAGAAGCUGCGCAACAUGCCAAGUUUGCGGAGCUUGUUGCGGCUGCGAACGCUGAGCGGCAUGCGCUGUCGCUCCGUCGUGCACUCGUUGCGCGCCGCCGCGAGCUCCUCUCUGAGCUCUCCGCUCGCAAGGAGAAGGAGGAGGCCAGCCGUCAGGUGCGACGCGCCAAGUUCGAGAUGGCGAAGAAGGAGCGGGAACGCGCACAGAAGGAGGUGGAUUCUAUUCGCGCAGAGGAAGCCAAGAAGCUCGCACAAACGCUGAUCAAGAAGGGCAACCUGAAAGUGUCGGUGAACGAAAUGGAAGAUCUAUCGACCGAUUCACUCAUGCGUAUGCAAGUUGAGCAGCUCGAACGCGAGAAGAAGGAGCUCAACCAGCGUUUGCGCACCGCUGCCAAGCGAAUCGACCACAUCGAGCGUGCGUACCGCAAGGAAGAGCGUCCGCUGGUUGCAGAGGAUUACGCGGAACAGCAAGCCACCGACCGCACAAUCUUCGAAACACUUCAACGCUCACGUAUUGAGGGUGCUCGCCAAGCAUUCCAGGAGGACAUGGCGUCUAAGAAACGCUUGAGCCGUAUGACGCAGGAUUAUCAACAAAGGAAGGAGUUCAUCAUCGCACAGCGCGGUGAAGAGUACACAGCCAAGCUCGCGGAGUCACGCAAGAGAAUCGAGGAGGAGAAGGAGAAGAUGCGGGCUGCACAUCAGAAGAUGAAAGACGAGGAAGAGCAACAGCGUCUUGAGGUUGAGAGAAUCCGCAGAGAGCAGGAGGAAGAAGAGGCUCGAUUAGAAGCUGAGCGCCACGCAGCCGAGGAAGAGGCCGAGGCCAAGGAACGGGAAGAGAAAGAGAAAGCCGCCGAAGCACGCAGGAAUCGGGAAGAGGAGCGUGCCAAAAUUCAAGAGGAGGCAAGGAAACGUGCCGAACGCGAGGCUGAGGCUGAAGCCCAUGCUGCUCAACGCCGCGCAGAGCAGCGUAACCAAGCAGCAGCACAACCAGCGCAGCCCCAAGGAACUUGGCGGCGUGGAGGAGCGCCUCCUGCACCCACACGUGCUACCGCUGCUGUAUCCACACCGCCACGGGUUGAAAGCCCUCUGCCCUCUGCCCCUGCCCCUACCACAAGCGCAUACCGACCUGGUGCAUUUGGUGGUGCCGCCGGAGGCUGGAGAGAUCGCCAAGCGAAAGCUCCGGCUGCCGCACCUGCUCGGACUGCAUCUCCUGCCCCUCCUACCCCUCUCACAUCUCGUAACGCCCCACUGCCUGAACCCAGGAAGAAUGAUGAUGGAUUCGAGACUGUUCAGGAGAAGAAGGUGUGGAAACCUCGGAGACUCCAGGGCCAGGCAUAGAUACUGUAUGCUUGCAUAUCACACCAUGUUGUUUUACCAUUAUAUGCAUCUAUUUCUAUCCAAUACCAUACAAGCGAGU